AUGUCCCUACCCCCCUUCAUCCUCUCCGCGGCCCACAGCCGCGCGCACUAUACCCUGCUAGCGCGGCUCGACGCCGCGCCCCCACAAGCGGCGGACGCGGCGAUUGCGGCGGAAGUGGAGCGCUGCCGCGCCGUGCUCGACGGCAACGCGAGCAACUCCAAGAUCGCCGAGACCCUCAUCAUCCUCUUGACCUGCACGACGGCGAGCACUGUGCCAGUCGACACGGACUUCGCCCUCGUCCCCGCCCUCAAGCUGGCGGAAGCGGGCGCCGCCCACCGUCGCACAGGCUACCGCUUCCUCAUCGAGCGGCUGCGGGGCCACGACGUCGCGCUCCUCCUCAUCAACACGGUGCGGAAGGACCUGGCGAGCACGAGCCCACCACACAUCCUCAUGGCGCUCGCGGCGACCAUAGCCCUCCCCAGCACGGAGCUGGCGCCUGCCGUCCUCCCCCUCCUGGGGCCGCGGCUGCUCGAGCACGACAUGCCUGCUGUGCGGCAGCGCACGCUGCAAGCCCUCCGCGUGUUGGGCGCGCACGUGGGGCUGAAGGAGCUUGCGCGGCGCAUGCGCCGCGAAGAGGACGUGGGCGUGCUCGCGUCUGUCGUCAAGAGCUUCGCGGACGCGCUGGAGGCUGGGGUACGGGAAGAGAAUCCUGAUCGGCGGCGGCGGCAGUGCGAUACGCUGUUCGCUGCGACGGCGCGGCAUCUCGUCCCGAGUCCGCUGCUCAUGCAGCUUAUCCGCGCGCUGGGAGCGCUGGUGACAACGCUGACGACGCUGUCUGCGGACGACGGGCUGGACUUGAAAUCACACGUGAUAGAGCGCAGCCGCGCGCUGGCCGACGAGAUCGUAGAGGUGGUUACGGCUCCCGGUGCGGGCGGGUGGGCGCAUGCCUGCCUCUUGGAAGUCUGCACGCUCGUCACGGCCCUUCACGCUGUCGACGGUGAACCGGUCUCCGAGCCGCUACUGGAGCAUCUGCGCGGCUUGCUGUUGACAAAGGGGAAAGGGAAAGAGCGCCCAUCCAGCCGCUCUAGCCUUUCCAGUCCUCGCAAAUCCGACAGGCUUGAGCCCAAACCCGCCCCCAACACUCGCGUGCUCGUACUACGGUGCCUUGCCUCCCUCCCGCUCGUGUGGCAAGAGGGGCUGACGGAGGCGCACAUGGGCGCGCUCAUGGCCGGCGUGGACUCGGGGGAUAGCACCGUCCGGCGCGAGACCCUUCGCCUGCUCGCCAAGGUCGACGCCAACCUCCCGCGACUCACAGCCAACAGCCAUCUCGACGCCCUCUCCUCCGCCCCCGACGCCGUGCGGAAAGAAGAGAUGGCACAGCGCGCGCUCGAAGCCCUCGAGAUCGCGUGCGAGUCCGAAGACCCACCCACGCGCGCACGCACCCUCGCAACAAGCUUGGCACGCAUCACGCCCCACUUCGCCCACGUAUGGAUGAAGGGCGUGCACGCCGCGAUCGGGCACGCGUCCCCCGCGUUCAUCGACGGCUUGGCCGACGCGCUCCUCGCGCGCCCGGACCCCACGCUCGCCGUCGCGGUCGCGACGCUCGCGGUGGAACACGACCGGCCCGCCACGCCCGCGCUGCUCGCCGCCCUUCCCGCCGCCCCCGCCGAAGUGCAGGAGCUGUGCGUGCUCGCCCUCCUGCCUCUGCACGGGGGACAGGAGGCGGUGCGCACGCUCCGCAAGGUUGCGGAGGGCGCGAUCCCGCACAUCGCGCGGCGGUGCGAGCAGGUCGCGACGGUGCUCGAGGCGGGGCGCGCAUGGGACGUUGUGGGGCGUGCCAAGUCGCGCGCGCUCACCGACGUCCUCGAUGCCCUCCUGGCCGUGCACGCCGAACUCGUGCUGCCGGCCCGACCGUCGCUCGAGGAGCGCGACUCGACGCCGAGCGCGAGCACGAUCCGCGGCAGCUCCGCGCUCAAGUACCACUACAGCGGCGCGCUCGACCGCGCCGCGGAACUCGCAAUGGGCCGGAGCACGCUCGUCGAGUCCGACGACGUGGCCCUCGCCGAGCUGGCACACAGCACGGGCCGCGUGAGGCUCUAGCCCCCUCUCCAUACCCGAUCCCAAGACCCAAAAUGCAUGUUGUACUGUCUAUACUCAUGGCGGCGCGCCGCUCACACAGCGACCGCGCACCCACACAGCGCCAAUAUCCCUGUCGUCGCCGGCAAAC